AUGGAGGGCUGCUGCACCGUGGCCAUCAGCUUGGAGCUGAGAUGCUUGUUCCCCAGGCUGCUGGAGCUCUCUCCCACGGAGGUUGUGGCCAUCUGGGAUGCUGUGUCUGCAUACAUCCUGGGACAGCUGAAGCUGGACAAGGGUGUCCUGCUCCCAGGACUCGGCACCUUCGCCAUGGUCCAUGAGCAAUUCCACGGUGAAGACGAGGUGUAUGUGGUUCGCAGACCCGUCUUCCGUCUGGAGAUGGAUAACUCACUGCUGCAGGAGCUCGUGUUCCCCACAGUGGUUAUCCCUGGCAAUGUCCAGAUCAGUCCGCUCAACUACAAGUGGCUGUCACGAGCCACCUCCUUCCCACCACACGUGCUGGAGGACUGUGUGCAAGAGACCAUCCUCUUGUACAGCUUCCAGCUGAGGAACAGGCAGCGCCUCGCCUUCUCCUUCAAGGACAUCGGCGUUCUGUCCUGCAAAGACGACGUCCUGUGCAUGCGCUUUUAUUACGACUGCGUCACAGGGCUGGAGAGCAAGGCCAGCCGCAUUGCACUGCUGCACACUGUGAGUUGAUCAAGGUUUGAGGGCUGCUUCAGUGGGCUGGGAAGCCCAGUGAAGGCUGAGCAGCCCAGUCGCCGUUGGCCAAACGCCUUUCGCCGUGCUCGCCCCCCCGACUUCAUCAGAACAGAAAGUUUCUGCCCAGUCUCUGGGCCCUUGCCCUACGAAAAGCCCGUCAGCGCCAUUGCGCAGUGUCAGUGUUUGCUGCGCAGCUGCUGCGGAGCAGAGCAAGGGCCGAUGUUCACGGAGGAGCAUUUGGGAGGGAGGUUUGCAGCAGUGGCCUCUUUUGGAGCGGGAGACGGGUGCGCUGCCUUUGGGAGCCAGGAGAAAACUGUCCUGGCCACCUCCCAGAGCUCUGUGUCCCUUUGCAGAGGCUCUGGAUGCCAGCUGCAGCUGUUUGCACG